AUGGCGCGGGGAGGAGGGGCCAGAGCCUCCGCCCCGUGGCGUGGGCCGAACUCUGGCCCACAGCGCUCUCUCUCGCCCCCAGGAGACAGAUACUGGGUAUUUAAGGACAAUAACGUAGAGGAAGGAUACCCGCGGCCCGUCUCGGACUUCGGCCUCCCACCGGGCGGCGUCGACGCUGCUUUCUCCUGGGCCCACAAUGACAAGACUUAUUUCUUUAAGGACCAGCUCUACUGGCGCUUUGAUGAGCACACACGGCGCAUGGACCCCGGCCACCCUGCCCGGAGCCCCCCGUGGAGGGGCAUCCCCAGCAUGCUGGACGACGCCAUGCGCUGGUCCGACGGUGCUGCUUACUUCUUCCGCGGCAAGGAGUACUGGAAGGUGCUGGACAGCGAGCUGGAGGCCGCGCCCGGGUACCCACAGUCCACGGCGCGGGACUGGCUGGUCUGCAGAGACCCGCAGGCGGACCCGGAGGGCUCGGGCAGAGAGGCCGGGGCCCACGCCCGGCCAGGGCGGCAUGGCCAGAGCCGCGCGGAGGACGCCUUCGAGGUCUGCUCCUGCACCUCCCCCGCCUCCCCUCCCCCGGGGGCCUCGGGCCCGCUGCUGGUGGCCUCAGUCUUGCUGACCCCCAGCGCCCUGUGGACAGCAGCCCGGGCCCUGGCGCUCUGACGGCCGCCGCCCGCGAGAGGGCAGGGGGGUCACAGCUGGGCCUCACAGGGCCAGGGCGGGCGCCCCCACCCCUCCGGUGCCCGGGCCAAGAGCCCCUGCCGCACCACACGUGGCCUCGGGGCCCCCGCCGGGCGGAGAAGGACACACUGCCGCCUGCUGGCACCCCGCGGGCUGUGAGGAGGCCAGCAGAGGGCGCUGCCGCUCAGCCACCUGCCCGUCCUUUCCUGCCCCCACCCCCCGGGGGCCGACUGUCCGGCCGGGCUGGGGACCGGAGCCGUCCUUCCGGCCUGCGCACAGCUAUCGCCAGAACUCUAGCGAUGAGCCCGGGAGGCAGGGCUGGCAGGGCGCGGGGUGGCCCCUCUGCCCCCAGCCUCGCCAGCCCCCGGGACAGCCCCCCCGCCGGAGGCACCACCGUCCCCGUCUCGCGCCCAGACUGCUGCCCCUGGUGCUUCCGCCCACCCCCGGGGGGCUCUUGUCCGCCCACCCCCGUGGGCCUGCGGUUGCCUGUCACAGGGCAGCCGCUAACCCGCAGGUGAGUCCCCCAGGCUGGGGCCGAGGCCGGUCCCCCUCCUGACGCAUUUCAGACAAACACGACCUCUCCCUGCUUCCUGCUGGCUCAGCCUCGGCUCCCUGAUGCCCUGCGGGCAGGCGGGGGCCACGGGUGAAUGUCCUCGGGGGCCUGGAGGGGCCGUGCAGACCUGGCCCCAGACCCUCCUGCGCUUGGGAGGGGCGGGGGCUUCCAGGAAGAGGCUGGUGCCCCCCCGGGGUCCGCCGACCCCUUCCUGUCCGGCACCGGCUGACCCUGCCCGUGCCCCCGUCCUUCCACCCGUUUCCCAGGCAGGGGCGGAGGCCCUAGCACGUUUGCCCAGUGCUCGCUGAUGGAGCCCCUCCCUGCGUGCACACACUCCCUGCCCGGAGUGUACGUGCGGAACGCGCCAGUGCCCCUUCUCGGUGAGGCACCUGGGACCCCAGCUGCCAAAACCAGGCAGCCACCCAACAGGAAGCGCAGGGAGGCGGCUGGGAGGCCGGUCGAGGGACCGCCCUCCCACCCGGAGACACAGUGGGAGCCGCACCCCCAGUCAGGAGACGCGGCCUGUGCGGAAGCCGGGGUGGGUGGCCUACCCCCGGCUGCUGCGCCUUCCUCACCCAAGCCCACACCCCCCUCUGCCCCCGUGGUAGGCCCGCCCCGUCCCCAGAGAGGGGUGGUGACCCCUGAUUGCAGAGGUGCUCACAGGCCUGAAGGCGGUGCACAGAGGGCCUGCCGGGCCAUGUUAGAGCAAGGGUCCCCAAGAGCCCCGGCAUCCCCCCCAUCCCCCGGAGAAUGCAGAUUCUCGGCCCUGCCCCCGCGACCAGAGCAUGGUGGGCGGGGCCGGCCGUGUGUGUCAACCCCCCACCUCUGUGUGUGCCGCGCUCUCUCCUGGGGCUCCAGAGAGCUGCCCCGAGCAGGAUGGGCAGAACCUGAGGGAGGAGUUGGUCAUGCAAUCAGAUGGAAGAGGCAGGCCAGGGAAGGAGCAGCAGGUGUGACUGUCGGGGCCGGGGGACCCGGGAGGCAGGCCCAGCCCAUGGGGUCCCUCCUGCAAAACAGGGGUCAUCCAGUCCCCGCCACCCCUUCUCCACCCCUGGCUCUCAGAGGAGAGUGUGGGUGCUGCAGCCCCAAGCCCCCCCCCCCACCUGACAUGCAGACCGCAGAGGCGGGUGCGGAGCCCACCCUGGACGCAGAUGCGUGGCAGCCCCCUCCGUCCGUCUGCCCUGUGACCUGCGGAGCUGGGAGGGGUCUCUGCCUGUCAGACGGACAAGACGGACCAGAGGUCCUUCUGGGGAGCAGGCUGCCCAGCGUGGUCCCACUUCGUUCUCCAGCUUUGGGGGAGCCCCCCCAGGCCCUUGUGCGGGUGGGAAAUAGCCCAGAGAGGGUCCCCAACCCCCAGGGUGCACAGCCCAGGGCUCUCAAUGUGGGCAGUGGUCUUAGUGCUGGGUCAAAGCCAAAUACUCUUCCUUAAAACUUUCCCGCCGUUGCGUGCCAUGUGAAGAAGUGAACAGCGGCAGUGUCCCAGAAUGAUGCUACCCACACGGUCCUUCAAUUUAGCUGAGUCACCAUUUAGACACCCGGACAUUCUGUGUUGAAUUUGGGAUUUUCGGGCGGUCUCCGUUUUUACCCCGGGCUGUGCUGGCUGUGCUGGGGGGAAGCUGUGCCCCUGGGGGCCAGCAGCCCUGGGACAGGCUCAGAGACCCCUCCGAGAAAGGCCGGAGGACUGGCACCACGGUGGCGAGGACGAGGACCCCGCUCGCAGCACGCGCCGGGCCCAGGUGCUGACUGGCCUCCGCGUGCCCACCUUGUGAGCGGACUCGCACAUCUCUGCGUGCGUGGGUAGCAAGUUUACAAAACGGUGCACCGGUGACUUCAGGGUCCAGAACACAGCGGCUCUGGGCCCCCACCCCCUUGCAGGCGGGGAAACGGAGGCAUGGCUUAGCUCAGGCUGUGUGGCAAGCGCCACGGACGGGGCCCAAACAGCAGACACGGCUCUGGAGCCUGGACGCCGGCCGACGGGGGCUGGUGGCUUCCGUCCCGCUGAGAGCCGCGUCCUGGCUCACAGACGGCGCGUUCCCGCUGUGUUCGUGUGGGAAAGAGCGAGUCCUGAGCUCUGCACGGGGAUGCUGGUCCACGGGGGCCCCACCUCUGUGACCUCAUCUAAUCUCACCACCCAGAGCCCCCCCAAAUGCCAUCCCGCUGGGGGUGGGGCUCCCACCAGCAGACUCGGGGGGACACAGACAUUCGGUGGACACACGUGGGAGCGUAGGCCACGGCACCAAGCCUGCAUCGUGGGUGCCACGAGGGCCAGACUCAGCCCUCGGCCACACCGCACCCUCUCCCGCCAGUUUCCCUGGGAGCAGGCUGGGGGGCUUGGGGGGCUCUGGGGGGCUCAUCACCCCAAAGAAUAGUCGCGAUGGUACGGUUCUGGUCCUGUUCUGCACUUUACAAAUACAAACUCAUUGGAUCCUCUCCAUUUCGUGAA